UUCACUGAGUGAUGGAGAAAUGUCAUUGAAGCUUUUUUCAGGUAGACUUGAUUUCAAUAGUAGUCUUACAGAUGAAACAAGUGAUGACAUAAGUGGAAAGGAAAAAGAUUAUUCUUUGAGUGAAGGAGAAGUACAUCCAAAAUUUUUGGAGCAAGAAGAAUCAGACAUUUCAGAUACUUCUAAAGAUGAAAACAAGCAUAAAAAUUUUCAAUCACAAAAAACAAGGAUGCCUAGUCACCAUCUUUCUUAUUCUCCAUUGUCUGAAAUAGGAUUGGGUAGUACAAAUACAUCUUUAUCCCAAGGGGAAGUGUCGCUGAGUAAAAACAAGCAUCGAAAUUUUCAGCCACAAGAAACAAGGAUGCCCAGCCCCCAACUUUCUUAUUCUUCAAUGUCUGAAAUAGAAUUGAGUAGCACAAAUACAUCUCUGUCACAAGGGGAAGUGUCUCCUAGUAAUGAGAUAAAUUAUUAUUCGAAAAAAGCUUUGAACUUGCCCAUUAUCAAAUCUCCUGUUGACGAUAAGCUUUCAACGGUUCUCAGUUACGCCAAGAGUUUUAUGCAAAUAGACGAGCAUAAAGCUUAUAUGGACACAAAAACAUUCAAGCGUUCAGAAGGGCUUGAGAAUGAACAUUGCAGGAAGGAUACAACAUCUGUCCCAAGUACAUCUCGUACCGUUUUACAAACUGUUGAAGAAGAAGUCUUAAGUAAUGCCAGUUUUUCAACAUGAUGUUUAAACCUAAUUCUACAUAUCGCAUAUUUUAUUUAAAGUGGAACCAAAUUUUUGACUUUUUAAUGGAUCAAAAUUCAAAGUUUUAGUGUGGCAUACUUGUGCAUAUUUUAACAUCUAAGAUAAUUUGUUUAAUUUUUUUUGUAAAAUUUAAUGCUCAAAAUUUGUUUUUGUCUUGCAAUUCUGAGCUUUUAUUAUUUUGAAAGCUGUUUGUUAUGAAUAUGUGUAUUUACUAGGUUGUCUAUUUGUAAAACGAAACAAAAUAUUUGACUUUAUAAUGAAU